AUGUGUCCAAUCGACUUCGAAGACGAAUUUCUGAUUCUAACGUCGCCCCAACCAGCAAUCUCACAGUCAUUCGCCAGUUUUACCAAUGUACCAAUCAUCCACAGCACUAGCACUACCGUUCCUAGUAACAACAAUGCAAGAGCACAAAGAAGAACUUCGAACUUUUUCCCACCAACCAACGAUAACAGUGUGUUAUCAACACCAAACAUCCAAGUCUCAACAGACUCAUAUCAAUUCCCUGACAUCUCAUGUUCAACUACCACAACAGCAAUAACAGAGCUGGCAAUGUCUCCAUUCACGACAUUCAAUAAAACUGCACUUUCAGAACCACCACAAAGUCCAUUUUAUGUCAAGACCCCAUCAUCAAUGACCACUAGCAAUCUUGGGUCACCAGUGAUUAAUAAACUAAACCAAGCCAACUUCAAUGCCAUGAAUUAUCAGUUGACCAAUAGUCUCCAUGAUUUGCAUUUACAGUCGUCGUUAGACUCUUCACUAACUUCUUUGGCUCAUCAGCAUCAGCAUCAGCAACAACAUAUGCAUGAUGUUUAUCACAAUGGUAAUUUUCAUAUUCGUCUACCUAACAUUUCCCAUCAAGAGAGUAUAUACAAUACUGAACAACAUAAUAUUUUGAAUCAACAAAAUAACUAUUAUGAACGAUCUCAAAACCAUACACAGGAACUGGAGAACGGGUUUAUGUUGAGCACAAAUUCCAUUGAUACACCAAAAUUGAGUCCAGUGCUAUCACAAUCGAUUUGGAAUAGUGAAAUUAUUCCUGAGUUGCCAAAAGUAGAAAAAAGAGAGAAUAGAUAUUCGAAUAAGGUAAAUAAUCCUGCGUUCAUACCAAGUGAACACCCAGCAGAAGCAAAGAAUGCAAGUACUGACAACAAUUCUCAAAGUCCAAAAAAUACAACUCUAGAUAACGACGAUAUACCACCACCACAACCACAAAAUCAAAAUAUAAAGUUUCCUAAACAAGUCAAGUAUACCCCACGCCAUAAUCACUUUGUUGAGGAUAUGCUAAAUCAUGAUUUGACCAAUCGGUAUAGUGAAGGAUACAGCACGACAUUCUAUAAACGAAAUAAACAUGGAUAUAUGUUUAUAAGAGAGGCAACAAAUACAUUACAUGUUCAUCAAAAUUCUUGGGUUCAAUUAAAAAUUAAACUUCCUACAACAUCAUCAACAGUUACAGGAAAUAAAAACAAUAGCAGUUCUAAAAAGCUAUUAAGUAAGAAAUUAAAAGUGAAUAUCAAGGAAUUGCCAAUUUGGAAACCCAAACCAUGA